AUGGCGGUCCAAUAUGGCCAGGAGAGUGUCAAGCAUCUCAAAUACCAUGGAGCUAAUGUGGAGAGUCCAUAUGGACAAACACCAUUACAUCUUGCUGCUUCACUCGGACAUCUUAAAGCAACGAUAAUACUCAGCCAUGGAGCUAAUAUGGACAAAGAAGACAAGGAUGGCUACUCUGCAUUAUACAGUUCUGCUCAGAUUCUGAAUAUUCAUCUUGAUAUCGCCAAAUACCUUUCCAGCCCAGGAGCUGAGGUGAAUAAAGGAUAUAAGGACGGUUGGACAGCAUUACACGGCUCUGCUUUCAAUGGUGAUCUUGAUGUCUUGAAAUACCUCAUCAAUCAAGGGGCUGAGGUGGAUAUGGGAGAUAAUAAAGCCAAGGAGCUGAGCAAAGGAGCUGAGGUGAAUGAGGAAAAUAACGACGGUAGGACAGCGUUUCAGCUUGCUGCCGGGAACGGUCAUCUUAAUGUCACGAAAUAUCUCAUCUGUGAAGGAGCUGAGGUGAAUAGGGGAGAUCAUAACGGUGGGACUGCGUUUCACAGUGCUGCUUUCAAUGGUCAUCUUGAUGUCUUGAAAUACCUCAUCAGUCAAGGAGCUGAGCUCGACCAGAAUAAUUUAACGGAUAUCCAUCUUGCCAUCCAACACGGUCACAUCUCAACCGUUGAGAAGUUAGUUUCCGAGGGAGCUGAUCUCAAUAUCCAGUCACCUGACGGACAGACGUGUCUCCAUAAAGCCAUUAAACUCUGCAAUAGCAGCGAGAACAUCGUUCAAGAAAGUGAAACACUAAGAAAGAUCUCCGAAGAGCAUUACGGGGGCGAACUAUCUCCUGAGAAGGCCUUGGUGUUUUAUCUCCUAGAGAAUGGAGCUAAGCUAGAUGUGAAGGAUGAGAGAGGCAACCUACCAAUCCAAUAUGCCAAAGACGAAGUGGUCAAACAGAUGAUUUUGUCGAGGUGA